UCUCGUGCUUUGAUCCGCGAAUAUCAUCUGAUGCGCACGCUAUAAAUGCAACUGUCCAGUUUCGACGCGACUCAGUACAACGUGAAUCCUUUCAGAUCGACACCGUGUAUUGUUUUUUAUUGUUUCCUGGUUGACUGGUGGACUGCGACACCCUGUAAACUGAAGAUGUCGCCACUUUUUUUAGUGGGGAUACUGAUGAUAUCCCCAGUACUAUCCACCCCGGAGGCAGACCUAAAAACAAAAUGCCAAAACGACCCUAACUGCUAUUGGUGGACGGGGCAAGAGUCCCCAUUCAAAAAAGCAUCAUUUAAGGGUGCCCACAUCAAGAGUCCUGUCACUUUCAACACUGGCGUAAACCCUGGGAACCCCUUCUUCAACGGGGGCUUCGAAAAACUACCACCAAACGCUGGUUUCUCCAAUCAGGGGGAGAAAGUGGACCUUAGCAAGAACCCCUUCUUUAACAAGGAUCAAAAGCCUGUGUUUCCCACAGCCCAUCCAGCUCAGAUUGUUGGAAAUAAGGAUGAGCAAAAAGUGGACUUCUCCAAGAACCCUUUCCUGCAGCACAUGUACGCCGCCAAUGGUUCCCAGCUGUCUGCCAAGGAUAGUUUCAUAGGGGUGCAACCUAAACCUUUCUCCACCAAGCAUCCCUUGGAAGGGCAGGGUAGCAGCAAGUUCGGGGACGAUGAUGAGUACACUUUGAGCCCUUCCAGCUACACUAGGAAGUGUCAAGGGGAUGAUUUCGUCUGUGUGCCAGUGAGUCAGUGCCAGAAUGGUGUCCUGCCAGAGUAUAUCGCUAAUGGUCUUCAAGGAUUAAGGAAAAAUGACGAGCCAUGUGACCUAAGGAACAACGCUUGCUGCAAAAUCACGAACAACCAAAAUUCUCAACAGUUAAAAGUCGUGCUACCUGGAAACAACAACACUUUCAUAACAGCGGGCAAGAGUUCCGUUCCAGAGUCCCUCAUCAAAUUCGGUGGGGUUGCAGGGUUCAGUCCGGGUCUCAUCCAGGUCCUGCCUGUCGAAAUUAACAACGCUGGUGAGUUUGGAACAUCCCACCAAGGCGAGAGCACCCAGAAACCCGUGAGGGAGAUAUCAGGAAGCGGCAGCAACAACGUCUUUGGCAGCACGCCUGAUUACAGCAACUACAACUUCGAGGAUGUAAGGUUCGCCUCUUCUAUACAAGGACCAGCGUAUCUACCCCCUCUGAACGGACCGACCCCGCCAACUCAGUCUUCUCCGGAUUUGGAGGUGCCAGUGUCACCCUACGUGCCGUCUUUCCCCACCCAGAGACCAACGCCAAAACCUUUCGUUCCUAGUUUUAGCCCCAGUAUAAAUAACCAGUAUGUCACGCCGAAACCAAAGCAACCAUUCAUCCAGGACUAUUUGCCGCCGUCUACUCCAAGGCCAUACGUUCCUCCAAGUACCAAGAGACCCACACCACCACCUUACAGACCACAACCAUCUCCUUCUUCUCCUUUCCCCACACAGAGACCUUAUGUACCACCACAAACAUUCCCCACACAAAAACCAUACGUUCCAACACAAACCUUCCCCACUCAAAAGCCAUACAGUCCAUACGUCCCACCCCAAACCUUCCCCACUCAAAAACCAUACAGUCCAUACGUUCCACCCCAAACAUUCCCCACUCAAAAGCCCUACAGUCCAUACGUCCCACCCCAAACCUUCCCCACCCAAAAACCAUACAGUCCAAAACCAACGACUAGCCGGGAAUACCUUCCACCAGUCCCAACGUCAAGCAGCAACGUCAACAACCAAUACAGACCUUUCCCGAGCACUCAAAAGCCAUACAGUCCUCCGUCCACCUCAAGACCUCGUCCACCACCAACCUUCAUUCCUCAAACCACCAGUUCUGAGUAUUUACCGCCAAGGACACCGGCUAAGGUCAAACCAUACCAACCAUCACCGUUUACAUCGCAGUCUUACAGACCUACCCCAGGUUAUUCGUAUCAACCUCCAUCCACAACACCCAGACCUAAACCAACCGUUAUCUACCAACCAAGUCCUUCAAUACCUCAAAGUACGUUCAGCAAAGUAACCCCUGGUUAUACUUACGAGAAACCUAAACCAACUCCAGGUUAUACUUACCCUAAACCCACUCCAACUUUCGGUUAUCCAACACGCAGACCACAAACCACCCAGAGACCCUUGAUUCCAUCGUCUAGUUUCAACGUACAAAGCACCUAUAGACCAUCAACGAACGGGUAUGAGUACCCAAGGCCCAGUCCAUCGCCCACCUUCAUCAGUACGCAGAGAGUCACAACCACGCCAAGACCUCAACCAACUGCUGGAUACGACUACCCCAAGCCAACGCCUGAGUUUAACCUUCCAACUGGAUCACCCACAAACGUUUCACCCAGUGUUAGACCUUACCCAACCAAGCAAAAGCCAAGACCAAGACCAACUGAGUACCUUCCACCUUCAACAACACCCCAACCAACUCCUGGGUACAACUAUCCAAAACCUACACCUACUUUUGCGUACCCAGAUGUAGGUUCACCUACCAGCAACAACAAUCAGUACAUUCCACCACCACAAGACAAGGAAGGUUCGGAUACGUCAGACACUUCGGUUAAAGUGAGGCCAAAGCCUGAUGUUAGACCUGACCAAACGGUUCAAAAUGAGAAUGUGGUACCACCAUCUGCUUGUGCAGCUGCUUUGAAGUGUGUCCAAGAGAUUUAUUGUACAGCUGAAGGUGUUGUUAGUCCUGUACCAGUUGUUCUAACUAAAGAACAAGCUUUGAGCAGGGUACCAACCACUGUCUGCAGAGAUAUCCCGUCUGGUACCACUGGUGUGUGUUGCAGAGAUCCAAACUACAAGGAUCCAUGGCCAUCUGCGAAUUUGGUGAAUGGUUUCGAUGAUGGUCAAUACAAAGAAGACGAUAGUAUAGGACAAUACAACGUGGCUCAAAACGAUAUAGCUCAAUACAGGAGGGACCUAUCCAGGCCUUCAAGAUCAAAUUCAAGAAGGGCGAUUUCAAGUGGACCUGUAGGCUCCAACGAGAACUUGGCAAAACCCCAAGAAGAAUCUUGCGGUGUUAGACAUCAAAAUACCUCACCGAAGGGUCCAGGUCCUUUGAACACCAACUUCGCUGAAAUCCCAUGGCAGGCAAUGAUCCUUCGUGAUUCCAACAGGAGUUUGCUGUGUGGUGGAGCUAUAAUCAGGAGGAACGCUGUGCUUACCAAUGCCCAUUGCGUGGAAGGAAUUCCGACCAGCGACAUCUUGGUGAAGGGUGGUGAGUGGAAACUUGGAAUCGACGAGGAACCUUUGCCAUUCCAAAUUGUCAAAGUUUCUGUCAUUGUUAAACAUCCAGGAUAUAAGGCUGGCUCUUUGGUGAAUGAUUUGGCGCUCUUGAUCCUCGAGGAAAAACUAAGACCUGCCAAGAACAUCGGUACUAUUUGUUUGCCAGAACCUAACCAGAUUCCUACGAGGAACUGUAUAGCCACAGGAUGGGGAAAGAGGAUUUUGCAAUUGCACGCUAAAGGUGCUGUCAUGAGAUCUAUUGGUGUGAAUAUAAUGGACAACGAGCAAUGCCGAGAGACACUAAGCAGUACAUACAAGGAUAUGAUGCCAAAUUACAGCCCAAACACUUUGUGUGGGUUCUCUGAGAAGGAUCAAUGCAAGGUGGAUUAUGGAAGUGCUUUGGCGUGUACAAAUGACCAGAGCAGGUAUGUCCUUUCUGGUAUCUUCUCGUGGGAUACCGGCUGCAAGGAUCAAAACCAAAUUGGAGGUUACGUGGCUCCAGACGUAGAAUGGAUAAACGACUGCCUUUCAAAGCCUACCAAAGUGCUGAAAAGGCUAGAAAACGCCCACUAACGAAAACGAAAUUAAUUCGAACGUGAUUUUAGGAAGCGAAUGAGAUAUUAAUAAGAAAAUAAAAUGGACUCGUCCAGAUAGACUAAGUUAUUUCUACUUUUAAAGGCCAUACAGAUAUAUUGUUAAAUCUCUCCUUCAACUAGUCCUAAUCUGUUACACAAUAUUAUCAAUUAUCAACAAUGUAACGUUUUCUCUUUAGUUUAAUUCAUCUUUCAUUCGAUCAUUUCAUAAUCGAAAUUAUUCAUUUUAUUUAUUUCUUUUAUUCUGUUAGUGAAGAUUCGUGUCUGAAGUGUUUGAAGAAAACUGCCUAUAUAUAAGCUGUAUAUAUCGUUUUUGCUAGUGCUCAAACUGAGAUUUGUCAGA